AAAAGGCACACGUCUCCCCCCAGACUUGUCUUUGUACCAGCCAAGAUUGAUUUAGCAGACAGAGGCAACUCACAGAAGGUGUGGGUCCAGCCCGGCCCAGCUGAUUAUUCACACCCAUGCACACUAGAUGACACAGCUUCAAACCCCACCCCUUUUAAAAUACACUACACAGCGCUCAGCUCGCUGCUCCCUCAUUCUGAAAAGAGCACACAGCAGCACAACACUAACCCGUUGGACUAUUUUCAACCACAACUCAUUUUUUCUCUUGAGGACUCUCACACAGAGGGUCAUCAUGGGGAGCAGCAUUUCGUGUGUGCCCCAGCACAACUUUACCUUCUCCAGCAAAAGUUUCAUCCGCAGAAACAGUAGUCGCCUCUUUCGGAAGAAGAAUCCCCAAGAGGGCCAGGAGAAGUCUAACAGCAUCAUCAAUAUCCUCUGCACUGUCACCCCAAGAAAGGAGAUGUCCAUGAAAGACCUGCAGACCAUCGAGAACAUCAAAUGGGAUCCUCCGUUCCCGUACGACCCGGCCAGUGGCUGGAAGAAGAGCAGCAUCAAUGUCAAGAAUUACGGCCGGCUGAUUCAUAGCUCCAAAGUUCGUUUCCGCUUCCUGCACUGCCAGGAUGUACACGAUUGUUACCUGGAUCUUUUUCAGACACACCUUCACUUUGUGUCCAACAACACGCCUGGACUGACAUACCAAGGAACUCUUCCACUGAAAGAGAUCACUAUCUGCAAUCUGCAACAGAACUGCAACCACAGCCAACCGAUUGAAUACGCCUUUCAAAUAAAUGGUGAGCUAAACCCCAUCAUCGUCUAUUGUGCCAGUCAAGAAGAAAUGGACCGAUGGUUUAGCCUUCUCAAAGAAAACAUCGAAGCCAAUGGCGGCACAGCAAUUGCACCGCAAAACUACACUAGAGUUAAACAAAACCAGGAGAAGACUCCUGCAAGCAGAGAGGAGCUUAGGAGCUCUGUUGACAAAGAGCCCAUCUAUGAGUGGGAGGGCUCCCAGCGAGACAGCCUGGGCCCCAUUACAUACGUCACCAAAGUUCGACUGCAACAUCUACCCUGUCAGCAACAAAGUGACAGACUACUCGUGAUGUACACGUCCACAAUGAUCAUCUUAUCAGAAGAAGAGCACGGCCUCUUCUAUAAGGGAAAGCUUCCGCUCAACAUGAUCACGGUGACCACACCCUGCCAAGACGUCAAGCCCAACUCUUUUAUGAUUGAAGGGAAGCUCAUCAACCCCAUAGUGGUGACCUGUCUGGAUAGGACUGAGUUCUGCGACUGGAUCCAGCAUUUCAAAGCUGCUGAUGUACCUGUUCUCAGCCCACCGCCCCCAGUUUAUGACAUCAUCUACACGCCAACGCACAGAGAGGCACCACAGUUUGACAGGUGGAGUGGAAACAGUCAAGGCUACUCCGAGUCCAUUAAGUUUAGUCAGAGCGCACGUGGAUCUUACAACCGUGAGCUCCCCACUCAUGAAGACAACCCACUUUCACCAGGGUACUCGGAACCUCUCUGCUACAGCCGUCCCUCCUCAACGGACAACACCCGUCUGGGAAGCAGGACCAGUAGCUUCUCUUCCCACACCAAGCCUGAGCGUGAACCACGACCUUUACCACUGUGCUACUCGUCGCCCCAGCGCAGUUCCUACCUCCAGUCUAGAGAGAGCUUUUCUUCAGGAGGGCCACAGCUGUACAGCACGCCUUAUUGUGGCCCACAUCGCUUUGAGAAAGGCCUGCUUGUCAAGUCCAAUAGUUGGAACACAUCUCAAUCAUCCCACGGUUAUUCCUUGAGCACCCCGCAACGACAUUCAGACAUGUGCGCUCCCCGCCAGCCCUUGUCACCCCUCUACGAUGAACCCUGCAGCCCUGAAAUGUUCGUCUUGGAUGAAGCCAGGCCAGUGAAGAGCUGGCAAGAGCCCAGUCAUCUGUACCACUACCAGCAAAAUUCUAGGGUCCCACACACUUCCUUCAAGCUCUGCACCCCGCCAAUGGGCCGAAACAGCCGAAGAAGCCUGGUCCCAAACAACUUACAGGGGCAUGCUUUAGGGAGCCCCCAGAAUCAAGCGGAACAGAGAGCUGAGGCCGUGUCCAGGCUGAAGCUGCUAAAUGCACCCUCAAAAGGCCAAGAUCAGGCACGGUCUACCUGUGGCAUCAAUCCGACUCAGAUGUAUGAUUUCUCACCAGAUCUUCAUUCAUACCACCAACCCACAGAACCAGAUGACCAGGAAAUAGACUAUGACAACAUUUGGGAGUAUGAUCGCCAUCCUGGAAUGAUUCAGCUAACGUCUGGAAUUUCGACACACUGGACGGGAUUAGACAGCGGGGCCAGAGGCCUUGGUGCUAUGGCAACUGAGCAAAGAUGGUCAUAAAACAAAAUCACUGGCCGGCUCUUGUCCGGGCGUGUGCAAACAUCGGAUCUCUAUCAGCUGGAUCAUAAAAGCCAACUAGCGGACUGUUUUGUCCACUAAGUGUACAGUAGAGUUAGACGCAUUAGGACUCAGUGGUGAUGGGCAUUUGAAGAAAAAUAACAUUUUGAAAAACACUAAAGAAUGUGAAAGUCAAAAUAAGAUUUCACCUGUUUGACUGUAAUGUAUAGUACCCCAUUAGGUUUUUAGUUUAUAAUUUCUUUUUCAACCAAUGACUCUUUUUUGCUUGAUUCAGAAAAACAAAAACGCAUUCCACGAGGGAUUUUUAAAUGAACCCUGUUGUAUAUACUUUGUAAAUGCCGUACAUUUUAUUAUAUAUAAUAUAUGAAUUGCUGAAAAAAAAAAGAAGCUUUAGUUGGCUGUCAGGGAGUAAUAUUAUGGCUUUGUUUUGGUACAACUGUGACAUCUUUAUUCAUAUUUUAUCUGUUUGAUGGUUUUAUUUAUAUUUUCAAAAAAAUAAA